UUUACGUCAGUCAGGAGAUUAUGCAUUGGCUGGACUGCAAGUCAAUUGUAAGUGUGAUUAAAACGAGCAGGGUAAGGUAGGAUAUUUAGGGAUGAUUAUAAAGUCAUCGGCAGAGUGGAGGGUGAGGUGUACUGGCUUGAGGAUGGGACAGGCUGCCACUCUGCAAGGAAGGCAAGGGGGGACCUAUGUGAUGGAACUUCAUGAGUGGUUCAGAAAGUUCAUGAGCGAGUGUCCCAGUGGACUCAUCACCCUGCACGAGUUCAGACAUCACUUCUGCAAAGGGACAGCGGGCCACGAGUCGGCUGAGUAUGCAGAGCAGAUCUUCCGCACCUUGGACAACAACGGGGACGGAGUGGUGGACUUCAAGGAGUAUGUGACGGCCAUCAGCAUGUUGACCCAGGGCUCUGCGGUGGAGAAGCUGCGCUGGUCCUUUAAGCUGUAUGACAAGGACAAGGAUGGGGCCAUCGACCGGGGGGAGAUGCUGGAGAUCAUGCAGGCAGUGUACAAGAUGAGCUUGGCGGCAGCUAUUACCAAACCUAACCCUCUCACUGCUGAGGAGUGUACCAACAGGAUGUUCAUCAGACUGGACAAAGACAGAAAUGCCAUCAUCAGCCAGGAGGAGUUCAUCGAGGGGGCUCUGGAGGACGAGUGGAUCAGGGAGAUGCUGGAGUGUGACCUCCACACCGUCAAGGUGGAGCGAGCCCUGAAGGUCCCACCUGGACCCUAGCCCUGUGACAGAUGGUGUGGACCCUGCCCUUGGAGCACUACACCCUCGGAGGGAGGGAAGAAGAAACGAUGACUGCAGGAAUGAGACUGAUUCUUUUUCAUAUCUGAAGUUGAGAUAAUAUUGAUCAGAUUUAGGCCUACAUCUUACUACAUUCACCAUGAUAUAUUUACUUCGAUCAUUCGAUGUGCCUACUGUGUGAAUAAAUUUACUGAUCACUGUAGAUGUAUUAUUAAAACAUGUAGGCUAAUUAUGGGAUUUGUAGAAUGUGAGUCGUGUUUUUUCCUGGAACCGCCGUCAACAAACCAACGCAUGAUCGCUCUUCGCCCUGUAUGAGCGUUGACGUAAUUUUAACCACAAGGUGACAUCCUUGAGCUAUGAGAGUUGAU